CAGGGGACAGACCUGUAUGUAAACAAAACAGUUCUCCUCCCUGUGAACUCAGGCACACUGCUUUGGAUGGCUGUGCACAGCACAGUCAUCCAAAGCAGUGUGAUUACAGUGAAGCACACUGACACAGCCCCCUAGUAAAACACUCCCAGCACACAGAUAACCCUUUGAUCGCCCCUCAUGUUAACCCUUUCCUGUCCAGUGCCCUUAGUACAGUGUCAUUGCUUUUUUUCUAGCACUGAUCACUGUAUUGGUGUCACUGGGGAUGUCUGUGAAACCAAGUCAGUUCCCCCCAGUGUCAGAAUUUCUGCUGCAGUCCCUCUAUAA